AUGCCCUGUUACCGUGAGGAGCCUCACGUUCUCAUUAGCGCCAUUGACUCUGUUGUUGAAUGUGACUACCCUGCCUCGUGCAUUCACGUCUUCCUUUCUUUUGAUGGUGAGCAGGUAGAUGAGCUCUAUCUCGGCACACUGGGUUUGCUUGGGGUACCACCGACGUUGAAGUCAUACCCCAAUAGCAUUGACGUCGUGUACAAAGGUGUCCGAAUCACGGUCUCGCGAUUUGCCCACGGCGGCAAGAGACAGUGCCAAAAGUCAACCUUUGAACUUAUCGACCGCGUGUAUGCCGACUACAUCAAGCAGAAUGACAACAUCUUUAUCCUAUUUAUCGAUUCGGAUUGCAUCCUGGAUAGAGUAUGCCUGCAGAACUUUGUUUACGACAUGGAACUCAGUCCUGGCAACUCUAGAAAAAUGCUCGCCAUGACUGGAGUCAUCACCUCGACCACCAAGAAGCACAGCAUUAUUACGUUGCUCCAAGACAUGGAGUACAUUCACGGCCAACUAUUCGAGCGUACCGUGGAAUCUGGCUGUGGCUCAGUCACUUGUCUUCCUGGAGCGUUGACGAUGCUCCGCUUUUCAGCAUUCAGAAGGAUGGCCAAAUACUACUUUGCCGACAAGGCCGAGGAGUGCGACGACUUGUUUGACUACGCCAAAUGUCACCUUGGCGAGGAUCGGUGGCUUACCCAUCUCUUCAUGAUAGGGGCCAAACAACGGUAUCAGAUUCAGAUGUGCACCUCUGCCUUUUGCAAGACAGAAGCGGUACAAACUUAUGCGUCUCUCGUCAAGCAAAGACGCCGGUGGUUCCUGGGCUUCAUAACAAACGAAGUCUGCAUGUUGACUGACUGGAGGCUGUGGAAGAGAUAUCCAGCGUUGAUAUUAGUGCGCUUUAUGCAAAACACGAUUCGAACCACGGCACUUCUCUUUUUCGUCAUGGUUCUGGCGCUCUUGACCACUACGGCGAGCGUCCGCAAUCUGCCAGUGGGGUUUAUGGCAGUGUCUCUAGGAUUGAACUGGCUCCUGAUGCUAUAUUUUGGCGCAAAGUUGAAGAGGUUCAAGAUAUGGUUUUAUCCUCUGAUGUUCGUCCUGAAUCCCCUCUUUAAUUGGUACUACAUGGUGUACGGAAUUCUGACAGCCGGGCAACGGACGUGGGGGGGACCACGAGCGGACGCUGCGGCGGCCGACAUGCACACUACUGCCCGAGAAGCAGCAGAGCAAGCGGAGAGGCAAGGUGACGAGUUGAACAUUGUGCCGGAAACCUUCAAGCCGGCAAAAGAGGCCAGAAUAAUAUUCGACGAGAACCAAGGCCCCGGCGUCCCGAUUGUGCGCAAGCGGAGUGUUGUGCGACCCCCAGACGUGGUCGAUGGCCAGUUUUCCGGUCCAAUACAUGUCAAGGGCACGCCGUACGCCAGCAGACGGCAUGCUCAGUAUGCUGAGCCAAUUUCCGAACAAGCCAAGCCAUGGCCAGCCUACGAUGUCGAGGGGGCAUUGGCCCGUGACGGCGAGGGCGAUGCAUACAUGAGUGAUGAAGACAAGAGGAAAUAUGCCAUAGCUCACCAAGCUCGAAGGCUGCGGCUCGAGCAGCGUCCACGACCAGGAACAGGUCUGAACCCGAGAUGGCACCACGGUCCGCUAUCAAGCGGAACUCACAGGGGCGAGGAUCAAGGCGAUGAUGGCGUGGGGAUCGCUUUGUAA